GAGAGGAGCUGGGGGAGGACGGUGACCCGCGAGGCUCGUCGCAGAGAACGCGGCGGCGAUGUCCGCGAGCCAGGCGAGUGCCGCGGCGGCAGCGGCGGGGCCUCGCGCGUGGCAGGGCGGCCUGGGCUUCGGCCUCCCUCCGGUUCCCUGGAAGCGGGCCCGCGGCCAGCGCGGGAGCAGCAGCAGAGGCGGAGGCUCCAGCGCGUCUCUCUCCUCCCCCUCAGCCUGAGCCAGGGGAGGCCAGACGGCCCAGGUGUCUGGAAGGGGGUCCGCUGCCCGAGAAUGGGAAUUCUCUUCACCAGAAUAUGGAGACUGUUCAAUCACCAGGAGCACAAUGUUAUCAUUGUUGGGCUGGAUAAUGCGGGAAAGACUACCAUCCUUUACCAAUUUUCUAUGAAGGAAGUUGUACACACAUCUCCUACAAUAGGAAGUAACGUAGAAGAGAUAGUGAUUAAUAAUACACGUUUCCUAAUGUGGGAUAUUGGUGGCCAAGAAUCUCUCCGUUCUUCCUGGAACACUUAUUAUACUAACACAGAGUUUGUAAUAGUUGUUGUGGACAGUAAAGACAGAGAGAGGAUUUCUGUAACUAGAGAAGAACUCUAUAAAAUGUUAGCGCAUGAGGACCUAAGAAAAGCUGGAUUGCUGAUUUUUGCUAAGAAACAAGAUGUUAAAGAAUGCAUGACUGUAGCAGAAAUCUCCCAGUUUUUGAAGCUAACUUCUAUUAAAGAUCACCAGUGGCAUAUCCAGGCAUGCUGUGCUCUAACUGGCGAGGGAUUGUGCCAAGGACUUGAAUGGAUGAUGUCACGACUUUAGAUGAUUUCUACUGACCUCUUCUCAUAGACUUUGUAUAAAUGAAGUAAUGGACUUUACCUGGAAGCUGCAAAAAUUAAUGGUUUAGAUAUAUUUAUAAUAAACUGAUUUAAACGUUUUCUAUAAGAAGAAAAAUUAAGACCACUUAUUUGAAAACAAAGAUGAAGUCUCACCUUCCAAUUUGCUUUCUCGUUAGUUUUUUCCAAAGUAAGUUUUAAAGCUGCGAUUGACAUUUUUCUCAUAAUGAAUCCUCUCAGGACAUUGUGUAGCCUGUGGUAAGUACAAAGGGAGAGGAAGACAUUUUGAAUUUUAAGAGCUUUAUUAUCAGUAUAACCCUCCCUAGUUGAAUGUUGUUUCUUCUUGUUCCAUUAAGUCAAAAUUACAAAUCACAGAUACUUAGUUUCCAAUAUUUUAAAAUAUAACGUUACUUAUAAAAAGUAUUUUGCUUAAGGUUGUGUGUAUAUUGUGUAUAUACCUCAAGUUCAAGUUAAUGGCUUUGAUUUAUGUUCUAAAGAAACACAAAUAACAAAUAUUAAUAAUAUCCUUAUAACCAUAAUGAGAUAAAUAUUGACAUUGGUGUUAAGUGCCAUUUUAUAGUUUCUCCCUAUGUUCACUGUAUUGUACUAAUCAACCUCCCAAAUCAAUGAGCUGCUUGUUAAAAAAAAAAGGAAAAGGAAAAAGCAUGACAUUGUGUAUUGAUUUUUUGUUGACUAAAAUCACACAUGUGGAAACAUGUAAUUCAGCAGGGUGGGAUAGCUAUCAGAUUCUUGGCUUAGUAUUACUAAUGGGCAGGAUUGUACCAUGAGCAACUAUCAGAUUAUUCCUUUCAGUGGUUCUUAUGGCAUCUAAAUUACUGAAUAAAUUAUUCAUUAAUCAGUGAAUCAUAAAUUAUGAUUAAAAUGGUCAAAUGAAUUCUCA